GUGUUUCGUCGGUGUUAUCAUAUUUUUCGUGUUUCCAGCUGUGAUGGGGAAGAUUUGAGAAAAUGGACACCUGAAGACGAUAGAAGAUUAUUAGAGCUUUACAAAGAAGUUGGAAAUUGUUGGGAAUAUAUUGGAAAUGAAUUAAUGCAUCCUCGAUAUGCUUGUUAUCUUCGUUAUUAUAAAUUAAUUGGAAGAGAAAAUUUUGAUGGAAAUUGUGAAUCUUCAUCAGAGUGGUCAAAGGUUGAAAUUGCUCGUCUUUAUAAUUAUUUGGCUGAUCAUUUAACUCGAAAUCCAGUUUUGGUCGCAAUUCUCCCAAAAUAUUCAAAUCUUGAUGAAAAUGUUAAUUGGGAUGAUAAAGAAAUAAAUUUGACUUCUAGAUCGCCUUCUCAAAUUAAAGAAAAAUGGGAAAAACUUAAAAACGAAUUUCGAGCAGUAAAAGAACGUACUCAAGCUGAAACUAUAAGAGAAAUAUUAAGAGAAGUAAUACUUGAGGAUACAUGUCUUCUUUCAAAAGCAAAAAUUUAUAAAACGAAAGGGAAAGGGAAUAAAGAUUUUGAAUCUCCACAACAAUUGUCUGAAUUUAUUUUAAUUUUAAAAGAUUUUUUGGAAAAACAACAAAUUGAUAAAAUUCGAAAUAUUGAUGGAGAACAAAUUAAAGAAAAAUUUGAUGAAGAGGAUAAACCCUUUAGAGUUCCAAUCAAAAGAUUUCUGCGGUGUGCUAGAUAUUUACAAUUUAUUGGACGUAGACUUGGUCUAUUUAAAAUGUUGCCUCUUGAACAGGACCUGAUUUGUGUACGCCUUGAACUAAUUGCAUUUAUUCUAAAAAAGAUUGAUAAAUUUAUCGUUAAGAAGAAAGUUUUACGUAAAUAUACAAAAAGAUUUUUAAGAAAAAAAGGCUGGGAAAUAAGAGAACAAUUAGUAUUUGUUGAUAGAAAUUUGGAGAAUUAUGAGGAUUAUGAAGAACCGAUUGGAAAAUUAUUAAAUAUUUUGUCAUUAAAUAAAAUUAGAAGUGUAGAAAAUAAACGUUCUAAAAAUUUCAAAAAUUAA